UUGACAGCGCGACCUCCUGUACUGUAGAAUGUAGUAUGGACCAUAGGACAGGACGGAGAAGUCCCGUUAAGAAGCUGUGGAGGCCUAAGAUGCUCUACUAGUCUGCUGGAAAUCCAAAGAAGACGAAGGAGUAAAAAGCAAAAUGGCGUUUGACAGAGAAGGCCUAAACGUGGCCACUGGCCAUUAUUGUUUCUCUAUUUGUAUUUAGUGCAUACAUGUACGCAUAUAUGUCGUGUAGUAGAUGAAACAUUGUUAGUCAUUGUUUGUAUCCGGAUACAUUAGUCUGAGCGCACUUUAUGUGCUAGCUUAGCUUGCUAGUUAGCUUAGCUUGUUAGCUGCUAACAAAGAGACGCGGACGUUAUCAACACAUCGCUAAGUAGAGAUCAAAUGUGAGUGUAAAGUGUUGUGAUUGUGUGAAAAUGUGCGAAAGAACGAUAGCAAAGUAUGAGGAGGAACUUUGUCCAACAAAAGAGGAGAAGGAGCGACAACAUCAACUAUGGACGCUGUUUUCAAGAAACAUCAAGUUGUGUUACACAGAACAGACGUCCAGCAGCCCCCUCACAUUAAAGAGGAAGAGGAGGAAGUGUGGAUCAGUCAGGAGGGAGAGUGUCUUCUAGGGCAGGAGGAGGAUGAUGUCACCAAGUUUCCACUGACUGUUGUCUCUGUGAAGACUGAAGAGCAUGAAGACAAACCACCUGAGUCCUCACAGCUUCAUCACAGUCCAAACGUCCAGCGGGUGUCAGCGGAGAGUCAUGAAGAGGAGUGGCACACCAGUGUGGGACAGAAGGAGCUACAGGCCCCCUCCCACAUUAAAGAGGAGCAGCUUCAUGAUGAAGAUGAAGCUCAGUCCUUACAGCUUCAUCACAGUCAAAGUGAGGAGAACAGAGGGGCGGAGCUUGUAAGUCAACACAUCACAGAAGCUGAUGGAGAGCAUUGUGAAGAUAUAAAGUCAGAACCAGACAGCAUCUUUGCUCCACUGUCAGACAUGGACCACAUGAUGUCAGACUCUUCUGAUCACAGUGACCACAUCCAAAAACCUUUGGAGAGUAAAAAUGACUCUAAAGGUGAUACGAGACAUCACACUAACAACAAACACUUUGACUGCUCUCAAUGUGGGAAAUCAUUUAGACGAAAGAGUCAUUUUACAGCACACAUGAGAACACAUACUGGAGAGAAACCUUUUACUUGCUCUGUUUGUAAGAAGAGUUUCUUCAGAAAGGGUCACAUGACCACACACAUGAGAACACAUACUGGAGAGAAACCUUUUACUUGCUCUGCUUGUGCCAAAAGAUUCAACACUAAGAAUGACAUGACCACACACAUGAGAACACACACAGGUGAGAAACCUUUUACUUGCUCCGUUUGUAAGAGGAGUUUCUCCAGAAAGGAACGCAUGAAAAUACACAUGAGAACACACACUGGAGAGAAACCUUUUCCUUGUUCAGCUUGCACUAAAAGAUUCACGACUAAGAAUGACAUGAUAAUACACAUGAGAACACACACCGGUGAGAAACCUUUUACUUGCUCUGUUUGUAAGAACAGUUUCUCCAGAAAGGAACACAUGACCAUGCACAUGAGAACACACACUGGAGAGAAACCUUUUCCUUGCUCAGCUUGUGCUAAAAGAUUCAACACUAAGAAGGAAAUUAUAUUGCACAUGAGAACACACACAGGUGAGAAACCUUUUAUUUGCUCUGUUUGUAAGAAGAGUUUCUCCAGAAAGCAAACCAUGACCAGACACAUGAGAACACACACUGGAGAGAAACCCUUUUUAUGCUCAGUGUUAGAAUAAUUAUGUAUAUAUUAUCACACUAACUUUAGUAUUCUUAAAGUCUGUUUCUUUAGUUAUUGUGCUCAAAUUAGACUUUUCUAUUCGUGCAAGGACAAAAACUUCUUGUCUGAGGGGUGGCCUCAGCCGCAGAUGUUAUCUUUGUUUUAGCCCGCUAACAGCCAAGGACUUCAAGGACCUCAACGAAAAUAAAAUGACAACACGCAGACGAAGCGGAGACUAGGCGAAAUCACAAGGCCCCCAGCACAUUCCGUCACGUGUACGUCCUGGACCUGCUUUGCAUAAUAUAUGUGACCUUUUAGAGGCGGCCUCAGUGAUGUUGACUGUGGAACUCCUGAAUAAAUAGAGGGACGCCUCCCUCGUGACACUUAAACAGUGAUUGUGUUACAUGUAGUUUAAAAACUCAGCAUGUUUAAUAUGAAUGUAUAUUUGAUGUUGUAUGUAGUGCUUCUCAUCUUCUAGUCAUAUAUG